UUGGCGUUUACAUGGCGAAAAGCGAAUUGGGAUUCAUUCAAUGGUCAGCUGCGUGACUGUGAAGCAGCGACGGCGCUCCGGAAUUUCCCGUUUCCUCCUCGAAAAUACGCAAAUUACGAUAAAUAGCACGAAAAACCGGAGACCGCAAAUACGGGCGUAAAGUCGUCAAGUCGCAAAGUGUGUCGUAAAACGUUGGCAAAAAAAAUGCACAUUAUUUGCAAAAUAAUUUAGACAAAUUUUAAAAUAUUUUAUUAUUUAAUAAAAAAUCAAACGUUACAAGAAUAAUAACAUACAUGCAUAUAUGAAAAGGAAACAAAGAGCAAGUCUGUGUGAUAAAGCUGUUAAAAUUAUUAAAAGAUAAUACCGGCAAUCAAAAAUUCACAAAUAUGUUGUAUAUAUGAAGAAAAUUGUAAAGAAUUCAGUUUAAAUUUGAAUUUAAAUUUCUUAAGGAGCAAUAAACAAACAAGUCCCAAAACAGUUGAAAUAAUGCAAAUACAAACAUAUCAAAUAAUGGGCAGCAAAUAGAAAAUCCCAACAAAAGCGAGAACGAAAACCCGAAACCUUUGAGAACAUAUUUUUGGCAAGAAUUGGCUAAAAUCCGUGCAGGAGCAUUACCAAUAGGUAUAGGCCUGAAAAUGCUUUUGAGCAAUCAGCCGGCGAAUACGAAACCGCAGCAAACGCCUUCGCCGUCGCAGACGCAGAACUUCAAAUCGAAGCUGCAGCAGCAGAUUGUUUCGGCAGCGGCGGCGGCAGCGGCGAACAUAGCCAACGGCAGCAGCCAUCAUCAUCAUCAUCAGAACCAGCAUCAUCACCAUCCGCUGAACAACCAUCAUAAUCACAACCACAAUCAGCACAACAUUUCCUUCGCCACGGAUUUCUCAAUUGCGGCGAUUAUGGCGCGCGGCGGAAACGCCCCAAGCAGCCGCGAACCUUCGGAACGCAGUCUGAGUCCCGCAUCCGUGGAGCGCUAUUCAGGCCAGGAUGCGGACGAUGAUGUUGACGUUGAUGUGGUCGACUGCAGUGACUCGGAAAUGCCGUCGGCAACUGCGGCAGCAGCAGCGGCGGCAACAACAGCAGUGGCUGCAGCGGCAGCAUUGCAGGCGCAGCAACAAGCGCGUCAGGCAUUGCGUGUUGCACAGCAACAACAGCAGCAACAGCAACAGCAGCAGCAACAACAAAGGCAGCAGACACAUCACCACGCAACAACUGGCAAGCAACAACGCCAACAUCACAAUCAUCACAGCAGCAACACCAACAACAGCAGCAACUCGGGCAACAGCAACACCAACAGCAAAUCAAGCAGCCAGCGAGGGCGUUCUGCUGCCGCAGUUGGAGCCGCUGCCACGCCCUCGCCACCGCCGCCCCCGCCCUCGCAAAGUCCCGAGGAACUCGAACGCCUGUCGCCAGAGGAAUCACCAGCCCAGCAGCCCACGCCCAAGAUAGUGGGCUCGUGCAACUGCGACGAUCUCACGCCCGUCCAGUGCCACCUGGAGACCAAGGAGCUGUGGGAUAAGUUCCAUGAAUUGGGCACUGAAAUGAUCAUUACCAAAUCGGGCAGACGCAUGUUUCCCACCGUUCGUGUGAGUUUCUCGGGUCCUUUGCGGCAAAUUCAGCCAGCGGACCGAUAUGCCGUACUUUUGGAUGUGGUACCGCUUGAUUCGCGGCGAUACCGUUACGCCUACCAUCGCAGCUCGUGGCUGGUGGCCGGAAAGGCGGAUCCGCCGCCCCCCUCCCGCAUUUACGCGCAUCCGGAUUGUCCUCUGAGUCCGGAGGCAUUGCGAAAACAGGUCGUCUCCUUCGAAAAGGUGAAGUUGACAAACAACGAGAUGGACAAGAGUGGACAGGUCGUGCUGAACUCAAUGCACCGCUACCAGCCCAGGAUCCACUUGGUGCGUUUGAGCCAUGGCCAGAGCAUACCCGCCAGUCCCAAGGAGCUGCAGGAUAUGGACCAUAAAACCUUCGUUUUCCCGGAGACCGUAUUCACGGCCGUGACGGCCUAUCAGAAUCAAUUGAUUACGAAACUGAAAAUCGAUUCGAAUCCGUUUGCGAAGGGAUUUCGCGAUUCGUCGCGUCUCAGUGACUUUGAUAGGGAUCCCAUGGAUGCGUUCUUCUUUGACCAGCAUAUGCGUACCGCUCCCCUGCGAUUCUUCCCCGAUCCGCUGAUGUCGCAAUUGACUCCUCAGGAGGCAGAUGCCGCAUCCAUGGCGCUGUUGGAGAAAGCCCGCCAGCACUUGCAGAUGUUUGGACGAUCGCCGUACACGGAGAUGUUGCUGCCGCAUCUGUAUCAGCGAUCGGCGGCACCGCCGCCGCCCCCACCGGCCCCCCAUCUCAGCGCCUUUCAGCUGGGAAUGUGGCAGCAGCAGUGGCCCCAACUCACUGCCGGAUUCCUGGCCAGCGCCAAUCAGCAGGCAGCCUUGGCCUUGGCAGCGGCGGGCGCCAAUCGAACGCCACCACCUCCGUUGGCGGUGGCGCCACCAGCUCCUGCCACGCCCACCUCCUCGUGCGGCUCCGCCUCUCCGGAUCUGAGGGCCAGACCCCAGCUGAGUCACUAUCCGCAGCGGUUCAGUCCGUAUCAGGUGCCCCAGCAUCAGGCAUCGCCACCAGCCUCCAAUCGGGCAGAAAGUCCUUAGGAUACAGCUACCAACGAUAAACAACUAAACCACCCAAAAAACACCACCCUUUUUCCCAUUUUGCCCCAACCGAAAGAAAUUCAACUCUGAUGUGGUUUUUAAAUUUGGAAAUCCUAGUUUUCGUGUGCAAUAAAUCAGUUUAAAUUUAAAUUAAAAAUCAAAAAUUAAAGUAUUUAAAAAAAAUAACAGAUUGGGCUGUUAGAAAGUUUAACUUGUUAAAAAGGUGCAAUCAAAUUACUUCUUUCUGAAACACUUAUAAUUUUUGGACAAAAUAUCAUAAAUUUCUCAAGUUUAUAGACCACAUUGGAAUACCAGCGAAAUGUAUGUGCAAUGUUGUUGAACAAAAAAAAAAAGUAUAUAUAUGCCCCUUUGUAAAUAACCCCGAAAAUGUUGCUGCGACAUCCAUCGAUGUUGCAUGUGAUGCUAAGCUAGAGAACCGUCUUAACCGGUUUCACUGUAUUGUAAUUUUUGUAGCAUUAUAACAGUAUUAGUUAAUUUAAUUAGGCCUAGGCAAUACGCAUACCCUUUACACUUUCUGCUGUGUUUUUUGUUGUCGUCCCAUGUGUUCCUAAUACUGCAAAUUAUUGUGAGAAUUCCACGCUGAAUUAAACCCUCUAGACACUCCCCGCAAAAAGCAAUUGCAAAAUCCAAUUACUAUAAACACUUAUUUAAAUUAUGUGCAAAAAGAUAGGAGGAAUCAAAACUGAAUAAACAAUUUAUAACACAAAGAGAAA